CACAUUCCCUCCAACACACUUCUCUCUCUCUCUCUCAAACCCAAAUGGCAAUCAAACUCUCCCUUCUUCUCCUCUUAGCUCUCCUCCAAUUCCCAACCCACAUUUCCACUUCCCCUGUUUCAGACCCUGAAUCAGUUGCAGAGGAAGUAGACAGGAGCAUAAGAAAUGCGACGGAUGGAAGAAGGAGCUUGGGAUUCCUGUCCUGCAAAACAGGGAACCCGAUCGACGACUGCUGGCGAUGCGACCCGAAGUGGCACAAGAACCGCAAGCGCCUCGCCGACUGCGCAAUCGGGUUCGGCAAGCAAGCCAUCGGCGGUCGGGACGGCAAGUACUACACCGUGACCGACCCGGGCGACCACCCGGUCAAACCCAAACCGGGCACCCUGCGUUACGCCGCGAUCCAGAACGAGCCGCUCUGGAUCGUGUUCGCCCGCGACAUGGUCAUCAAGCUCAAAGCCGAGCUGAUGAUGAACUCGUUCAAGACGAUCGACGGCAGGGGCAGCUCCGUGCACAUAGCAGGAGGCCCCUGCAUCACGAUCCAGUAUGUGACGAAUGUUAUCAUCCACGGGAUCAACAUCCACGACUGUAAGAAGGGAGGCAACCUGUACGUUCGAGAUUCACCCGAACAUUUCGGGUGGAGGACCGUUUCGGAUGGGGAUGGGGUUUCGAUUUUCGGAGGGAGCCAUGUCUGGGUCGACCACUGCUCGCUGUCAAAUUGCGCGGACGGGUUGAUCGAUGCGAUCCACGGUUCGACCGCCAUCACGAUUUCAAACAAUUACAUGACACAUCAUAAUAAGGUGAUGUUGUUAGGGCACAACGACGGGUUCACUCGUGACCGGUCGAUGCAGGUCACGAUCGCGUUCAAUCAUUUCGGUGAAGGGCUGGUGCAGAGGAUGCCGAGGUGUAGGCACGGGUACUUCCAUGUCGUGAACAAUGACUACACGCACUGGCAAAUGUAUGCCAUCGGAGGGAGUGCUGCUCCCACGAUCAAUAGCCAAGGGAACCGGUUUCUGGCUCCGGAUGACCGGUUCAACAAAGAGGUAGUGACAAAGCGAGAGGUUGCAUCGGAGAGCGAGUGGAAGAAGUGGAACUGGAGAUCGCAGGGGGAUCUGUAUCUGAACGGCGCUUUCUUCACGAGGUCCGGCGCCGGAGCUUCUUCGAGCUACGCGAGGGCGUCGAGCUUGGCGGCUAGGCCGUCGAAUCUGGUGGCUUCCAUCACGGCCGGUGCUGGCUCGCUGAAGUGCAAGAAAGGUUCAUCCUGCUGAUUGGAAAGAAAAGAAAAGAAAAGAAUGUCCCUGAAACAGAGUGGCAGGGUUGAUUUGGUUAGAAAUUAGAACUACUAAUUGAUUUUGGGUUUUGGUGACAAUGAAAGAUGUUACUACGUGAAAAUCAAAAUAGUACAAAAUUGGAGGGAAGAAAAGAAAAGGAGCCUGUCCUAAUUGUACGUUGAUAAUUGGUGAGACAAGAAAGGGACAAGAGCUUUUUUUAUUAUUAUUAAAGGAAUUAUAAAUAAGCUUUAUUUUGUACACUUUUCUUAAGCUAUUAAUCCAAGUGUAUAUUAAUGGAGGCUAUCAGAAUUCACAGCCAU